AUGGCGUCUUCAACUCAUCUGGCCGUCCUCGCAAUUCUCCUCCUCGUCCCGCUGUCCACGGCGCGAGCCGUCCUCCCUUCUUCCAACGACGACGACGGCGGGUCUGCGAAGACGGCGGCGUACACGAAGGUGUGCGACGCGUCCAGGUUCGCGGCGGCGGGGCUGGACAUGUCCCGUUACCGGUACUGCGACGCGAAGCUCCCCUACGGGGACCGGGUGCGCGACCUGAUCGGCUGGAUGACGGUGGAGGAGAAGGUGUCCAACCUGGGCGACUGGGCCGCCGGCGCGCCCCGCGUGGGCCUCCCGCCCUACAAGUGGUGGUCCGAGGCCCUCCACGGGCUGUCCAGCACCGGGCCCACCACCAAGUUCGACGACCUCAAGAAGCCCCGCCUCCACUCGGGCCGCGCCGCCGUCUUCAACGGCACCGUCUUCGCCAACGUCAUCAACAGCGCCGCCUCCUUCAACGAGUCCCUCUGGCGCUCCAUCGGCCAGGCGAUCUCGACGGAGGCACGUGCCAUGUACAACCUGGGCAAAGGAGGGCUGACGUACUGGAGCCCCAACAUCAACGUGGUGCGGGACCCGCGGUGGGGCCGGGCCCUGGAGACCCCCGGCGAGGACCCUUUCGUCGUCGGCCGCUACGCCGUCAACUUCGUGCGCGGCAUGCAGGACGUGGACGACGCGGCGGCGGGCUUCAAUGGCGACCCGCUGUCCCGGCCGCUCAAGACGUCGGCCUGCUGCAAGCACUACGCGGCGUACGACGUGGACGACUGGUACGGGCACACCCGGUUCAAGUUCGACGCCCGCGUGACGGAGCGGGACAUGGUCGAGACCUUCCAGCGGCCCUUCGAGAUGUGCGUCCGCGACGGGGAUGCCAGCGCCGUCAUGUGCUCCUACAACCGCGUCAACGGCAUCCCGGCCUGCGCCGACGCGCGCCUCCUGGCCGGCACCCUGCGCCGAGACUGGGGCCUCCACGGCUACAUCGUGUCCGACUGCGACGCCGUGCGCGUCAUGACCGACAACGCCACAUGGCUCGGCUACACCCCCGCCGAGGCCAGCGCGGCGUCGCUCAAGGCCGGGCUCGACCUCGACUGCGGCGAGAGCUGGAUCGUGCAGAAAGGGAAGCCCGUCAUGGACUUCCUCAGCACCUACGGCAUGGCCGCCGUGCGACAGGGGAAGAUGCGCGAGUCGGACAUUGAUAACGCUCUCGUGAACCUCUACACCACGCUCAUGCGGCUCGGCUACUUCGACGGCAUGCCGCGGUACGAGUCGCUCGACGAGAAGGACAUCUGCAGCGAAGCACACAGGAGCCUUGCGCUCGAUGGGGCGCGUCAGAGCAUGGUGUUGCUCAAGAACCUCGACGGCCUGCUCCCACUCGACGCUAGCAAGCUCGCCUCCGUCGCCGUCCGCGGCCCGCAUGCCGAGGCGCCCGAGAAGGUCAUGGACGGCGACUACACAGGGCCGCCGUGCCGGUACAUCACGCCGCGGGAAGGCAUAAGCAAGGACGUGAACAUCUCGCAGCAAGGCGGCGACGUCACCAUCUACAUGGGUGGCAUAAACAUGCACAUCGAGAGGGAAGGCAACGACAGGGAGGACCUGCUGCUGCCCAAGAACCAGACGGAGGAGAUCCUCCGUGUCGCGGCGGCCUCGCCGUCGCCGAUCGUCCUCGUCAUCCUCUCCGGCGGCGGCAUCGACGUCUCCUUCGCUCAGAGCCACCCCAAGAUCGGCGCCAUCCUCUGGGCUGGCUACCCCGGCGGCGAAGGCGGCCACGCCAUUGCCGAUGUCAUCUUCGGAAGAUACAAUCCAGGAGGACGGCUGCCAUUGACAUGGUUCAAGAACAAGUACAUCCACCAGCUCCCCAUGACGUCCAUGGCGCUGCGGCCGCGGCCGGAGCACGGCUACCCGGGGAGGACGUACAAGUUCUACGACGGGCCGGACGUGCUCUACCCGUUCGGCUACGGCCUCAGCUACACCAAGUUCCGGUACGAGCUGCUCAACAAGGAAACCGCGCUCGCCGGCGCGCCGAUCAAGCAGGUGGCGGCGUUCCGGAGGGUGGCCGUGAAGGCCGGCGCCGCGGAGACCGUGGUGUUCACGCUCAACGUGUGCAAGGCGUUCGGCAUCGUCGAGAAGACGGCAUACACCGUGGUGCCGUCCGGCGUCAGCACCGUCAUCGUCGAGAACGGCGACUCGUCCGCCGUGUCUUUCCCCGUCCAGAUCAGCUUCUCGGCUUAGAUUAUGAUCGAGAUCAAUGUCCUUUUAGGAGAAAGUUAUAUAUUCAGCAUCCUGCUGAAUACGUCGACUACUAGUACUAUUUUGUAAUUCGAAGAACCUCUGGUUCCAUCAUAU